AUGAUUCUGAUGACUCUUCGCUCACUGACACGCCGGACACCUUUCCCACGUCCGACGUUCCGCAUAUCUCCUCUAUUUUCGAACCCCGUUUCUCUUGCAACCGAAAAACUGGAGCUGCCGUCGAUUUCGCAGGUCCACACCCGCGGUCCUGCUGACAUCCCCUGGUACAACCAUCACGCGGCGGAAAGACCGUUAUUGUCCGGCGACAAACUCCCCGCGCUCAGCCUACCGACAGCCACCCAGGGCCUCUCCCGACCCGCCUAUCACGAUCCAUCUGUGACCAAUUCCAAUCGCACAAGUCUGUCUGGUGCCUCCGUCCCGAACGAGCCCAGGAGCCCGCCUGCGGACCUAUCUGGGACCCAGGGCCGGCUUUCGCUAGACUCCUCUGAAUACAGUAUCCCACCCUCGGUGAACGACGGAUACUAUCCCAGCCCGACCUCUCUCGGCAGCAUGAACCAAGCCCCCUACAUGGACGUCCACCCUUCGCACAUGUCUUCUGCUCAAUCAUACGCUCCCCAGGGCGCUACCGCAGGCGCUAUGUCCCACUACUCGUACCACCCACAACCGCCAGUGAUGCAGCCGGCGUCGUCUUAUCCGCCGGCCGGUUAUCCCCAGUAUGGAUACAAUGGCGUAACUUCCCCUCCGACAGGACACCCACCUAGCACCAUGGGCGGUCAGAUGCCCGCACAGCUGCUUCCUCUGCCUGGUAAGCUUCACGGCCAAAACGUUGACGACUAUUCUGAUCGUUACCAAGUGAACAAUCACGGCGUGGCUCCUGCAGGUGGGUAUGGGAACACUACCGGGGCUCCCCUCCAAGGCUAUGUUUUCGAUCCCACAGGCCAAGUGGCACCUCCCGGUGCUAAGCCCCGAGUGACAGCCACUCUGUGGGAAGAUGAGGGCAGUCUCUGCUACCAGGUGGAAGCAAAGGGAGUUUGCGUGGCGCGACGAGAAGAUAACCACAUGAUCAACGGUACCAAGCUGCUUAACGUGGCUGGUAUGACCCGUGGACGACGAGAUGGAAUUCUGAAAAGCGAGAAGCUUCGCCACGUUGUGAAGAUCGGUCCGAUGCACCUAAAGGGUGUCUGGAUCCCAUUCGAGCGCGCCAUGGAAUUCGCCAACAAGGAGAAGAUCACUGAUCUCCUCUACCCGCUCUUUGUGCACAACAUUGGUGGCCUUCUCUACCACCCGGCUAACCAAACCCGAACGAACAUGGUCGUGCAAGAGUCUGCCAAUCGACGCCUGGAAGGCCCUCCACCGGGGCCGCAACGCACACCCUCAGGUCCUCAGCAUCCCCCAGGCCUGCACCACCCCGCUCUUCAAACCCCCAUGUCAUCGCACAUGUCUCAGGCUCCGAUGAGCGGUCCACCGGGUUCUCGCCCAGGCCUCGAGCGUGCUAAUACAUUCCCAACCCCACCUGCCAGCGCAUCCAGCAUAAUGGGUGUGCCCAACCAAGGCAGUUCAUACGACUGGAGUGGUCAAGUGCCCCCAACCCAGCCUCUGUCCAUUGACACCUCAUUGAGCAACCAGCGAUCAAUGCCCACGACUCCCGCGACGACUCCACCUGGCAGCAACAUGCAGGGCCUGCCCUCCUACCAAGCCCAAGGCUAUGACAGCAGCAAGCCCUACUAUUCCGCCGCCCCGCAAUCUCACCCCCAAUACGCCCCUCACACCCCCUGA